GGAGGGGAAAGAACGGGAGCGAGGGAAGCAAGGGGCCCGGGAGGGAGGGAGGAAGGCGGGGGGCGGAGCGAGGAGGGGGGAAGGCGAGGCAAGGGGGCGGGAGAAGGAGCAGGCCGGGAGGAGGGAGGACCGGACGGGAGAAGAGGGCCGAGAAGCGCGGAAGGAGAGGGGCAGGGAGGAGAGAGGGGAGGAGCAGGAGGGAAAAGAGGAGACAAGAAGAGAGGGCGAGGAGCGCGAGGGAGGAAGAAGGAAGGGAAGGGGAGCGCGGGAGGGAGGGGGAGCAGGGAAGGAGGGGGGGGAGACGGGAGGGCAGGGGAAGCGGGACGCAGCGAGGCAGGAGAGGCGGAGGGAGAAAACGCGGGAGGAGAGGCCGGGACGGGGGAGGAGGGGCGGGAGAAAGGAAAGGGGCAGGAGGAAAGAGGGGAGAGAGAGGGGGAGGGGCAGAGACGGGGAGAGGGAGCCAGGAGAGAAAGAGGAGCCGGGCAAAAGAGGGCCGGGGGAGAGGGACAGAGAAGGGAAAAAGAGGAGGGGGAAGGGCACAGGGCAAACGGGCAGGAGGGGGGGGGGGGGAAGGGGGGAGGGGACAACAGCGCGGAAACAAGAACCAGGGCAACCAAACGGCGCAGAAGGAAGGGAGGGGGACGGGCAGGGCAACAGGAAGGCAAGGAAAAGGCGAGGGGCGGGACAAACCAAAAAAGGAAAAGGAGGACAGGCGGCGGGGCGCAAGGCCGAAGCGGGAAGGGGACGGGAGAGGGACGGCGACCAGAGGGCAGGAGGGGACCAGAGGACAAGAAGGACGCACACCCGGCGGGGGCCGGGAGGGACGGAGAGGAGAGAAGGGAAACGGGAAAGGGGGCGGAAGCGGAAGAGGGGGGGGGACAACCGGGAACGGGGCACAGGAGGCAGCGGAGAGAGAAGGGAAGGGAAGAAGGAGCAGGGAACACGCCGGACGGGAGCCGGGGAGGCGGCGCGGGGAAAAAGAGAAAGCGGGGGCGAGAGACAGCGAGCAAGGGAAAGGAAAAAAAGAGGGAAAGAAGGAAAAGCACACGAAGACAGGGGGAGGGACGGGACAGGGAGAGGCCAGAGGAGAGGGAAAAAAGAGAACAAGGAAAGGGGCCACGCGGCCAAAAAGGACGGGCAGGGAAACAGAAAAGAAAAACAAAAAAGGAGAGGGGGAGAAAGGCCAGAGCCGGGAGGACCCGAGGGAACGAGGCGAGGAGAAAGAGACAGAGGGCAAGGGAAGGAGGGGAGAGGGAGGGGCGGGAGGAGGCAGCGGAAGCAAGGGGAAAGAAGGGGAAGGAAAAAGAAAGGGGAGGCGGGCCAGGAAAGAAGGGGACAAGGACAAGAGAAGAAGGCAAGACAGGACCGGGAAAGACAGGACACGGCGGGCAGAGAGACGAGCCACAAAGGAAGGGAGGGAGGGAGAAGGGGAAGCGGGAGGGAAAGAAACAGGGCGGAGUGGGGAGAGAGCAACAGGGAAAGCCAACAGGGACGGGGGAAGCCAGGAAGGAGAAGAAAGCAACAGACACGCGACAACGGCCGGAGAACGGGCGGGACGGGACGGGGGGGCCGAGCAGGGGACGGCCCAAAAGCACAAGGACACAGAAAAGAAGAAGGGAGAAACGGAAAGGACAAACGGGACCAGAACACAGGGCAGGCCGGGAGGGCGGAAACGGAAGAGGGCAAGAGGAGACGACCAGAACGAAAGGGGCGGGGGAAGGCAAGGCAGAGAGGGGCGGACCGCCGGAGGGGAAAGAGGGCCGGCCAGGGAAGAGAAACAGCGACAGGGGAAGGGCAAAGACGGGGAGGAAAGGGGCGCAGAGCGGCGGCAAGGAGAAGGCGCAAAGAAAGAAGGGAACGGGAAGGGAGCGGAAAAGGAGGGGAAGGGAAGGGCCAGGGAGGGCCGAGGGGCGGAGGAGCAAGGGCCGAGGGGGCGGGAACAGCCGACAAAGGCGGAAAAAGAGGGAGACCACGGGGCGGAGGGGCGCGGGGAACAGAAAAAAAAGGAGAAAGCGCGGGCAAGGGAGGAGGGCAAGAGGCGGGACAAGAACACAAAGAGACCGGACGAACAAGAGGAGAAAGGGCGGGAAAACGGCGAGGGGCAAGGGAAACGGGAGGAAGCAGGAAAGGACAAAAGAGGAGGACGGAAAGAGAGAGAGAGAGAGGCAGGCCGAGGAGGGAGCGGGAGAGGAAAGAAGGAAAAGGGAGGAGGCAGGGACAAGGAGGGCGAGAAAGGGGGCAAACAGAGGAGAGGGACGGGAAGAGGGACGAAGAAGGGACAGGGACAAGGAAGGGGAGAGGAAAAGGGGGAGGAGGGGGAGAAAGGGGACAGCAAAAAAAAGGGCCAGAAAAGGGGACACGCGGGCAGAGGAGACGCAAUAAAGAGGGAGGAGAGGGGGAGAGGACGGGCCCACGGCAAGGGAAAAGGAGGGGAGAGAAAAAAGGGAACAAGAAAAAGGGAGGAGGGAAGAGGGGCGAGACGGCAGAGCAGACGAGGGAGGGCAGGGCGGGGGGAACAGAGGGACAAGGGGCAAAUGGGAAACGGAAACAGGGAGGAGAGAUCAGGGGGAAGAGGGAAAAAGGCGACCAGAGGACAAGAGGAGAGGAGAAGAAGGAAAUGA